GUUGGUAGUAAAACAAGCCUGUAUUCCUUGGAAAUAUCCAUAGUUUUAUCUGUGCAUGAUGAGCAUGUGAUUGUGAUUUCAUGACUCUCUUGUAAUUACAGAAAAAAAGUUGGGGGAGGACAUCACCAUGUUUGAAAACGGUAGACAGAAAAGGGUUUUGUCGGCAAAUCAUGGAAUGCCAUGUGCCAUUCUGACUCCGAGCAUAUGGGAAAGAUAACAUCGCCAAAUGGCCAACCAAUCCCCUGCACAACUCCAAUAAACCCACCGCCUCCCUAGCGCUCUUUGCUCCUCAUUUUUCUUCUUCUCCAUGCGAGGAAUCUCUCUUCUCUGCUCUGAAAUACCCAUCUUCCCCUUCUGCUUAAAUAAUACUCUUCUUCCUUCUCUUUGCCUUGCCAGUCACUCCACUCAUUUUGUGAUAAUUGCGUAACGUUUUCUUUAUUUGCAUGUUGUGCAAGCCAAGACAUUUGUUUGGAUUGGAGCCCUGGAGCCCUCCUCCUGCUGGGGUUUGUUUCGAUUUUCCUGAUGUAGUAACGCGGUAAUUACCUAAAACCCAAUUCAAUGUGCAAGUGUAUUCCAUGGAGUCGAGAUCCAAUGCUUACGUAAUGAUACCAUGCGUUCUAAGCUUUGGAAAUUUCACGCCGACUGCAUCCAGUAUUCUUUAAAGGUUGCAAAUUCACACAUGGGCGCUGCCGAGGCGAGACGCACACAGCCAUGGUCAGUGAGUGACGACUCGUUAAAGAGAUUUGUAUUACACGCAAGCGAGAGUUGCAUUCAAGAUUUGCUUUCUGCGAGCGGAGAAAAUAGCAGAGAUGAUGGGUGGAAAGUGCUGGCCAUUGGAGGAGGAGUGGAGAUCUCCAGAAGAUCCAACGGACCGCUUGACAUGCUCAGAGGGCGCCGCAAAUUGAGAAUCCCUGCUUCCCAUUUUAAGGCCGUAGCGACCGCCAUUGAUACCGCCAAGCAAUGGGAUCCCAAUUUGACGGAGGGGAGCUACAUUAAAGAUCUCCAUGAAAAUUUAAGCAUCAUCAGGCUUAGAUUCAGCGAAAGCUCCAAGCCUCUGUUCAAGAAUCGGGAAUUUGUAGUCUAUGAGAGAAGGGAGACUAUGGAUGACGGGACCUUUGUGGUUGGAGUGGCAUCUCUGCCCAACGAAAUUGCCAAAGGAGUGCUUCCCAAGAGCAGGGGAAAGUUUGUGAGGGGUCUGCUGAUUCAGUCUGGAUGGGUGAUCGAGAGCAUGGAGCAGAGAGAUUCCUGUAUGGUCACAUACGUUGUACAGAUGGAUCCUGCGGGUUGGCUGCCAAAGUGGGUUGUGAACAGACUCAGCAUGCGCCUCGUUUCUGUCAUUGACGACCUCUUCAAGCUCGUUCAAAAUUCAGUUCCUCAGGAUUUGGACUUCGACCCAUCAAACAACGAUUCUUCUAAUACAUUACAGUUCAGAUUGCAAUGCCCAUCCUCCAACAACCGGCCAUGACUGCACCUCUGCAAAAACGAUCACAGUGGCACUUUUCUCUUUUGGGUUUCCUCUGUUUUGGUUUAAUAUGAAAAUUAGUGAGGCAGAGUAGUUGUUGCAGAGAACAAUUCGGCCAUUAAAUGCUCUUUAAAAUGGAAGGGUGUUUGCUGGCAUUUUAAUGGUGCUCUUCACUAAAGAGGUUCAAGUGACAGAGUAAUGUAAGGUGUGUAUUCAUUCCAGUGAGCUGGGAUGCAUGUAUGCCGUCCUUGUACAGGAUUUCUUUGAGCCUCAUUAGUCAAUUCUUCAAUACAAAACCUCCAUGACUGUGGAAUCAUUGAAAGUAGACCAGAUUUUGGGUGGUGGGUGAUUAAUAAACUUUUAGUGACAUCUUCCUUAUCAUAA